CGCCUUCCCAGCUCGCCCCGCCGGCAGCUCCGAGGGAGAGAGGCUUUCGCCGGGCUGCGGACAGCAGAUUGAACUUCGAGAUGUCGUUUGGGAGAGAUAUGGAGCUGGAGCAUUUUGAUGAGCGUGAUAAAGCGCAGCGGUAUGGCCGAGGGUCCCGGGUAAAUGGUUUGCCCAGCCCUACCCACAGUGCCCACUGCAGCUUUUAUCGAACCCGUACUCUACAGACCCUGAGUUCUGAGAAGAAAGCCAAGAAAGUUCGUUUCUAUCGUAACGGAGACCGGUAUUUCAAAGGGAUUGUAUAUGCCAUCUCCCCCGACCGCUUUAGAUCUUUCGAAGCUCUGCUGGCUGAUCUGACCCGAACUCUGUCUGACAAUGUGAACCUGCCCCAGGGAGUGAGAACAAUCUACACAAUCGAUGGCUCCAAAAAGAUUUCCUCCUUGGACCAGCUAGUAGAAGGGGAAAGCUAUGUGUGUGGUUCAAUAGAGCCCUUCAAGAAGCUGGAGUACACGAAGAAUGUAAACCCAAACUGGUCAGUGAAUGUUAAGACAACUUCUACUUCUCGCUCAGUGCCGUCUCUUGCCACUGCUAAAGGAGGUACUCCAGAUACAAAAGAAAAUAAGGAUUUCAUUAGGCCUAAACUAGUCACUAUCAUCAGAAGUGGAGUGAAACCACGGAAGGCAGUCCGGAUUCUGCUUAACAAGAAGACAGCACAUUCAUUUGAACAGGUUCUUACUGAUAUAACUGAUGCCAUCAAGCUUGAUUCGGGAGUCGUUAAGCGCUUGUAUACACUAGAUGGAAAACAGGUGAUGUGCCUUCAGGAUUUCUUUGGUGAUGAUGACAUUUUUAUUGCAUGUGGACCGGAAAAGUUCCGUUACCAGGAUGAUUUCUUGCUGGAUGAAAGUGAAUGUCGAGUGGUGAAAUCUACUUCUUAUACCAAAAUAGCUUCAAGUUCACGAAGGAGCACCACCAAGAGCCCAGGUCCAUCCCGACGCAGCAAGUCUCCUGCUUCUACCAGCUCAGUGAAUGGAACCCCUGGUAGCCAACUUUCUACUCCCCGUUCUGGGAAGUCUCCAAGCCCAUCUCCCACCAGCCCUGGAAGCCUACGGAAACAGAGGAGCUCCCAACACAGUGGCUCCUCUACCUCAUUAGCAUCCACCAAAGUUUGCAGCUCUAUGGAUGAAAAUGAUGGACCUGCAGAAGAAGUGUUGGAGGAAGGUUUCCAGGUUCCAGCAUCGAUAGCAGAACGAUAUAAAGUUGGAAGGACUAUAGGAGAUGGAAAUUUUGCUAUUGUGAAGGAGUGUAUAGAAAGAUCAACCGGUAGGGAGUAUGCUCUGAAGAUAAUCAAAAAAAGUAAAUGCAGAGGAAAAGAGCACAUGAUCCAGAAUGAGGUGUCCAUUUUAAGACGAGUCAAGCAUCCCAAUAUUGUACUUCUGAUUGAGGAGAUGGACAUGCCAACUGAGUUAUACCUUGUCAUGGAACUUGUAAAGGGAGGAGAUCUUUUUGAUGCUAUUACUUCCACCAACAAAUACACAGAGCGGGAUGCCAGUGGGAUGCUUUACAAUCUGGCCAGUGCCAUCAAAUAUCUUCACAGCCUGAACAUCGUUCACAGGGAUAUCAAGCCGGAGAACCUCUUGGUAUAUGAACACCAAGAUGGAAGCAAGUCCCUGAAGUUAGGGGACUUUGGCCUAGCAACCAUUGUGGAUGGACCUCUAUACACUGUCUGUGGGACCCCAACAUAUGUAGCUCCAGAAAUCAUUGCUGAAACUGGGUAUGGCUUGAAGGUGGACAUCUGGGCAGCGGGCGUGAUUACUUAUAUCCUGCUCUGUGGUUUUCCUCCAUUCCGUGGAAGUGGAGAUGACCAAGAAGUACUUUUUGAUCAGAUUUUGAUGGGACAGGUGGAUUUUCCAUCUCCAUAUUGGGACAAUGUUUCUGACUCUGCAAAGGAGCUUAUCACAAUGAUGCUUCAAGUAGAUGUCGAUCUGCGAUUCUCAGCCUUGCAAGUUCUUGAACAUCCAUGGGUUAAUGAUGAUGGCCUUCCAGAGAACGAACAUCAGCUAUCAGUAGCUGGGAAGAUAAAGAAGCAUUUCAACACAGGCCCUAAACCGAACAGCACAGCAGCUGGAGUUUCUGUCAUAGCAACCACCGCUCUUGAUAAGGAGAGGCAGGUUUUCCGACGAAGACGCAACCAGGAUGUGAGGGGACGUUACAAGGCACAGCAGGCUCCACCUGAACUCAACUCCGAAUCGGAAGACUAUUCACCAAGUUCAUCCGAGACUGUUCGCUCACCUAACUCACCCUUUUAAUAAAACACUUUUACUCAAGUCUUGGCUUUAACCCUUUGAGACCCUGAAAAUCCUUCAGACCCGUGUGAGGUGAUCACAUCCAAUCUGUCCAGCACUAACCGCUGAGACAGUGGAAUAGAAAAAGGUGCUUACAGAACCUUUGUAAGAAUUAUUUCCUAAUUAAUUGAAAUACUUGUUCUCUGUUUAGAUUGUAACUUGCUGCUAAUAUUAUCCUCAAAGGGUUAAGGCUAUUUUGCUUUUUUUAUUUCAAGAUAGAAGCAGUGAAUGUUUUCAUCAGUGAAGUUAGGAACUGCAGUAUGUAAUUUUAGCACAUGUUAACCCUCUGAGUAAAGAAUCAACUUAAAUCUUGACAGCCCACAUUAGGGCUUUAUUCUGGCUUUUUUGCUUUUAUACGCACAUACCUUUUAUAGUACCCUAAAGUUCCUUGCUAGCUUUGGGCCAAAAUAGUACCAAACACACUAUCGCUUAGGGGCUACAAAUACGGGCUUUAAAAACAAAAAUAUAGUGAAACAAAUAGUAUCUUCCACAGCAGCUCAUUCUAAACUUGCAUUAUGCUUCCGUAGAAAAUGACUGUUGUUGGAGGAUAUCAUGCAGGAUCAAAAUUAAGUUUAAGCAGGAAUCAAAAUUAAGUUUAAGUUUAAGUUGGGAAAUUAAGUUUAGGGCAGCCUUAGAGUUUACAGCAGAUGACAUGAUGAUGGCCACGGAGGGUUGCUUCCCUAUCGUUUUUUGCCAGUGACAAUGCAGAGUCUUGGGAAGUGGCUUGAGAACACGUUCUGUCAUGUAAAGUAAGUAGUGAUGUAGUUGAGAAGGUCCUGUUUCAAAAAUGUACAGACAUCCUUCCAUUCAGCAUGACCUGGUUAUCCCAUAGAUAGCCACAGCUAAUACUGUGGUGAAAUUUAAAUAUUAAAAUUGAGAAUUACCCUUAAAACAGCUGGAGUAUUUCUGAAUUGGGGAAAAUAAAGUCAUUUAAUAUAUAUGUAAAGCCUAACCUGUAUUAGUGAAAGUUUUUGUCUUAGAGUGGAGAAACUAAAA